AUGGCAAAGCUAGUGCAUAACGUGCAGAAGAAACAGCACCGGGAGCGGUCGCAGGUGGCGUCGCGGGCACGGCUUGGGUUUUUGGAGAAACACAAGGACUAUGUCAAGCGGGCGCAGGAUUUCCACCGGAAACAGGCGACACUGAAAGUGUUGCGCGGGAAAGCCCAGGAGCGCAACCCGGACGAGUACUACCAUGGGAUGCACACGCGGUCCGUGGACGCGCGUGGACGGCUGGAAACGUCGCGGCGGGGUGAGGACGAGGACUCGUCGUUGACAACGGACCAGGUGAAGUUGCUCAAGUCGCAGGACGCGAACUACGUGCGCACGCUGUUGCAGCGGCAGCGGCAGCAGCUGGAGCGGGACACGCAGGCGACUCUGUUCCGGGCGCGCGGCCAACACACCGUUUUCGUGGAGGACCGAGACGCGCUGGAGUCGUUCGACGCGUGCAAGCAUUUCGACACGACGCCCGAGAUGUUGCAGAGGCGCGAGAACCGGGUCUCGCGCGACCAGUUGGCGGCGCGGGCUCUGGACGCGGACGCGGCGCGGGUCGGGUUUUCGGCAGAGACGGUGGAGAAGAGGCGGGUGAAACGGCUGCGGCAGCUACGGCAGCAGCAGGAGCGCGAGCAGCAGCUUGCAGGGGUGUUGCAGCGGAUGGAGGUGCAGCGGGACGCGAUGAAGAAGGGAGCCAAGAAGAAAGUGACGGACCACGCGGGGCGGGUGGCGUUCAAGUGGAAGAAGCAGAGGGCGCGGUGA